CAGUGAGAACAGGGUCCCCUGACCUGAAGUACCCUCUGGCGCAGAAAAGUCCAGUGUGCACUCAGCAAAAGAAAUUUCACAACCUCUACCUGUGCUUCAGUUCAACCAAUCAUCAUAUUACGACGUGUAGUGCACUGGAAGUCCCCUCUGCAUCUCAUGAAGGGAAAGGGAAGCAGAGACUUGGAGAAUGAUAAUCUCAGCGGGGAGUCAAAACCUUUCAGCAUAUAUUUUGGUCCAAAGGACCACUUUGCCAGACUUGCCAGUGACCAGAUGCAACACCUCUCAAGCUCUGCACGGGAUAUCCUUCUUCACAGCAAUAAUGGCCUGAGACAUUUAGCCACAAUGACCUUUGAAGAAUAUGAUAACCCCACACUUUCGCCACUUUGGGGGUUUGCAGAUGCAGCUUCGGUGGCAGGAGAUGGGGAAGUCUUUCAAUUGAAGAAAUCAAGUCUUAGUCAAAAGUUGUCCCUGAGCGCUCAUCCUGUGAAUGUGUUGCCUGUCUCGCUUGACCAAGCUACUAUCACUCCCCGUUCUAAUGGGGCACCCAUAUAUGACCAGGCAUACCUCUCACAGCUGAAAGCAAGCACGCCUUCGUCGCGACGUGCCACAGUCGCCGAAGGUCAUGAUGCAGACGUUUCGAUGGACCUGGGUGAAACUAGUAGAGACGAUGUUGACACAGCGAUUCCUUCAGAAUCGUCUAUAUUAUCAGCUAAACAAGAACGAGAACGCAUGCAGACUCAUGGUACAGAAGAUGAUUUUAUAUCUCUUUCUGUCACGAAACGUGAUACCGUACCGCAGGGGAGACGACGAGUACGCGAAAUAUACCAGCGCUCAAGAGUGCAUUGGCCUUGGCAAGAAUUCGAAAAAACUUCCAAGCGCAAGGAUGCUAUGCAAGAGAUGAUCGCAGAUGCUGAUGAGGAAGACGAGGAGACCGUGGAGUGGGAAAGGGAACAGUUGCGCCCAACUUCUCAUGAGGUAUCUCCCACAAAACAGGUCUACAAGCCUGCCGCCAGUGAGACAUAUGUCCUUCUGGAAUUGUCUGGAGUCUGGAGCCUCUGA